AUGGAGACCAACACGGCUGAGGCCGUUACUGUCAGUCUGCAGGAACUUGUAGACGGAACUGUAUCCUUCGACACUCUAACCAGAGCCUUCGGACCCUCCUCUCUGGGCAUCAUCAUCGUCAAAGACCUACCCUCGACCUUCAGUGACCUGCGGGCAAAAGUUCUCUCUAAUGCCUCGUACCUGGCGGCUCUCCCUGAACCCGAACUGGACUCCCUCAGCAGCCCAGAAUCCAAAUACUUGGUCGGCUGGUCCUGCGGUAAAGAAACCCUGAAAUCAGGCCAUUUCGACACGUUAAAGGGCUCGUACUACGUGAACUGUGCCUUCUAUCAGGAUGCAUCUCUAGAUAGCGCCCCGGCAGAUGAUUUCCCAGAUCUACCCCAGUAUACCGCGCCAAACAUCUGGCCUUCGCCAACCAAAUUACCCGAAUUCAGAGGUAGCGUGGAGUCCCUAUGCAGGUUGAUCAUCGAUACCGCGGCUCUCGUCGCCAAGGCAUGUGACCGGUACGCGGAAGCCAACAUCGAAGGCUACAAGCCUGGAUAUCUGCACCAUGUCGUGACAACCAGCCUGACAACCAAGGCACGACUGUUACAUUAUUUCCCCGGCAAUCAGGAAGAUGAGGCUGAAACCAGUGAUGAUGACUGGUGCGCCACGCACCUCGACCACGGCUGUUUGACGGGCUUGACAUCGGCCAUGUUCCUCGACGAAGCAGCUUCCCCUCCAACUCUUGAUCCGUCUUCGGAGUCUGCAUCCGCCCCUCUCCCCGAGCUUUCCCGUUCCCCCGACCCCUCGGCUGGACUGUACAUCCGCUCGCGCACUGAUGAAAUCGUCAAAGUCAAUAUUCCUAAGGAUUGUCUGGCUUUCCAGACCGGCGAGGCCUUGCAGCUGAUCACACACGGCAAGUUUAUGGCCGUGCCACAUUUUGUUAAGGGGGCUAAGGCUAGUCCUGGGAAGAAGAUUGCGAGGAAUACUCUUGCUGUGUUUACGCAGCCGAAUCUUGCGGAGGAGGUUCAACCUGGGUUGAGCUUUGCGGAGUUUGCAAGGGGUGUUGUGCAGAAGAAUUAUUGA